CGUAGAGGAGGAGCAGGAGUUUUUCACUCGUGGUGGAAAGUGGGUGGCUGUGAGGGACUGAUCCAGCCAGCCAGGGGCUGGGAGAGGAGGAGGAGGAAAGAGGGAAGCAGGGAAGCGAAGCAGCAGAGACUGGGCUUUCCCGGUGCCGCUGCUGCCCUUGCGCCUUGCUCCCUAUUCACUCGGGAGGAGGAGCAGCGCAGCGUGAAGCUCCUCAGCCCUCCGCUUGCGAAUGAAACCAUAAAAAAACCACCGAGGGCCCAAUGGGAAUGGCCUGAGAGCUGCAGGUUGCGAAAGAAACCGCGCGGCUACGUUCCCAGCGCCGGCCCAGAAGGCAGCCUUGACCGACGGAGGGCGCCUCGGCUCGCCGAAGGGUUCCCCGCCCUCGCGCCGCCUUCGGUGGGGGAAAGGAGGCAGCCCACGGCGGCGGUGGCGGCUAUCGCCGCCAAAAACUCCACCGUGCACUGUCCGGCUUGACGGGAAGGAGCCAGCGCCGGAGAGCGAGCGAGCGGGCGGCGUGGCGCGUGCCAGCCGGGCAUGUGGGCAGGCAGCAACUGAGGCGCGCGCGCGCGCGGACUACUGUGAUGAAGGAUGAGAGGUCUGUGUAGAAACCAGCAUAUGAUACAAAGGAUGCCAUACUCUAAUCCAGGAUGAAUGAAUGUCACUAUGAUAAACGCAUGGACUUCUUCUAUAACAUGAGUAAUACGGCCACAGCAGAUGAGUGGACAGGGACAACUCUCGUCAUUGUGUUAUGUUUCGGGGCCUUCUUUUGCCUCUUCAUUUUCAUCUCCAAUUCACUGGUCAUAGCCGCUGUGGUCAAAAACAAGAAGUUCCACUUCCCUUUCUACUACCUGCUAGCCAACCUAGCAGCUGCGGACUUUUUUGCAGGCAUUGCUUAUGUAUUCUUGAUGUUCAACACCGGCCCAGUCUCCAAAACGUUAACCGUUAACAGGUGGUUUUUGCGACAGGGACUUCUGGACACGAGCCUGACGGCUUCUCUGGCCAACUUGCUAGUAAUUGCCGUUGAGCGCCACAUGUCUGUUGUUCGGAUGAGGGUCCACAGCAACCUCACAAAGAAGAGGGUCACCUUUUUCAUCUUGUUGAUCUGGGCCAUAGCUAUUUUCAUGGGCGCGGUGCCCACCUUGGGCUGGAACUGCCUCUGUGACAUCUCAACCUGCUCUUCGCUGGCUCCUAUUUAUAGCAGGAGUUACUUGAUAUUUUGGACCGUCUCCAACCUGGGGGUUUUCUUCAUCAUGGUGGUGGUGUACAUAAGAAUUUACAUGUAUGUCCAGAGGAAAACGAAUGUUUUAUCUCCGCACACAAGUGGAUCCAUCAGCCGCAGGAGGACUCCAAUGAAACUUAUGAAGACAGUCAUGGCGGUCUUAGGUGCCUUUGUUGUGUGCUGGACUCCUGGCCUCAUUGUCCUUCUUCUCGACGGCUUGAACUGCACUCGUUGUGAGGUACAGAACGUGAAGCGGUGGUUCCUCCUCCUGGCCCUUCUGAACUCUCUCAUGAACCCCAUCAUUUACUCGUUCAAAGACGACGAGAUGUCGAGCACAAUGAGGCGCAUGAUCUGCUGCUCUUUUGAGGAGAGGCCUGAGCGUCGGUCUUCGCGGAUCCCCUCCACAGUGCUCAACAGGAGUAUGGACACCUCUAGUCAAUACUUAGAAAAUGGCAUCAUCCAAGGGACGAUCAGUGGCAAAGGAAACACCUGAGCUGCACUCUCUCGUUCUUCCUCCUUAAGAAGUGGACUGUGGCUUGUGCGGCGGAUGAAAGUGGACCGAGCACUAAACCAGCCGAGUUCAUGAAAUCCCAGAACAGCAGAAGUACAUGUUCUGUGUGCCAGGAAACCCAAAUCCCAGGGUGGCCUGACAUCAUUGUAAAUAAUUAUUGGAUUGGGUGUGUGUGGUGUGGAUAUGCUGGAAGGGAUGGAGAAGAAUAGAAGGAGUGGACUUACUUUGCAGUGUGUGUUUUUAAGUUGGAAAACUGUACAACCAGCAUUGUGGAAUUCAUCCUUCUUCAGAGGCCUAGUUAACACUGUGCCUGGCAUAUACGACUACAGACUGCUGAGAUGAGGCUGGUUCUCACAUCUAAAUGCUUAUCUAUCUAUAUCUAUUAUCUAUCUAUCUACCAUCUCCACAUAGAGAACUAGGAUAUCAGGGAGAAGAGUUGUAAACUAGCUUUCUGACUCAUGUUUUAAUUCUCUAUGUGGAAUUUUUUUUAUUUUAGUUGUUGUAUGGAGGGCUAUUCAAUACUGUGAGAUCCAGACCAAAGUAGCAGCCUGUCCCUACAGAUGUUUACAUUGAAGUAUGUGCCAUUUUGCUCAGUGGGGGUUUGCUUCCAAAUGAUAUGCAUUGCUUUGGAUUGCAGCCCUAAAGCCCUAGCUGGGACUAAGCAAUGGGAGCUCACCCCAUUGUGGGGAUUUGAAUUGCCGACCUUCAGAUCGGCAAGCCCUAGGCUCUGUGUUUUAACCCACAGCGCCACCCACAGAGACAUAAGCAAGACUAUAUGUGCAAUUUGUGGUUUAUGGAUUGAAUCCUUUCAGGUUACUGAGGGGAAAACUUCUUGCAAAGGCAUGGGGUCAUACCUCUUGUUAUUUCAAAGAAUUUUUUAAUGUGCAUAGAUUAAUUUUCACACUGUACUUUUUAAGUGGUUUUAUCUCCUGUGGACUGUGUGUGAGAUCAGUGGUAUGCUUCAGGCGAUGGUCCAGAACUGUAAAUAAAUGCAAUGCUUUAUUUCUGAGUUUGGGUACCUCAUUGUUUGGGGGGACCACCUUCAGACACUGGGAUUCUUCUAGAAGCAAUACAGGGACCUUUCCCUCUAAACGCUGCCAGAAAACAGGACCAGAAUUUGCCACCUCCCUUGGGGAGAGAAAUACCACUUCUUAUUAGCAUGUGCUAAUUCAUUCAAAUUCAUGAAUGUUUAAAAUUAUGCAUCUCCUAGGAUUGCAAAAUAAUAGUAUGUCAAAUGAGAGAAAACUGCACUUUCUCUUCUUGCAUGUUCCCUGCAUGAAAACAAAAAUAAACAAAGUUCCAGGCCGACUUAGGUCUGGCUUAAUAGCAUGCCUAAACCAGUCCAUCAGCCCAGUAUUUUCCUCUUACUCAAUCAUUUUGCAAGUAGGUGUCGUUACCUGUGUUCAGAGAUAUCUGCAGCCACUGCUGCCAAAUAAGUAGCACCAGGGCAUUGUGGCAAGAAGAAUUAAGACCGGAAUUUGAUAUUAGAUCUCCUGGGGCCCAGCCGAUGAAGGCUAAGCCUUGAAGGAAUGAUGCCCAUUGUUCAUGAUGAUACAGAUUGCCCAAUUCCACACAGCUAGCUACGUAACUUAGAAGUGAAAAACAACAACAAGGCCAGCCUACGGUGCAAUGUGAAAAUUUGAAAGCCUAAUUGCAGGAUGCCCCAUUUCUAUUUUAUUAAGCAUGUCAUUGGCUUGCAUUAGCGUAACAAAGAUCUAAAAUUGUAUACAUCUCUGUGUCAGUCUGCUGCUCUCAUCUAAUACCUGUGCACGCCCUUGCAGGUCCAGUUUCUCCUGACUGCCAUAUUCCUCACUAUUAUCCUAUAGCAUCACCAACCUGUCUCUCCGUUUCAGGUGCCUGCUGUACAAAGAUCACAUCAUCUCUCAUGAUGAAUUUUCAUCCUCUGAUGGCGGACAUUUGGUGUGCCACCCGCCCACGACUCCCAAGCCUCCCCCAAGCUGUCAAAACGAAAGGGGAAGGGGGGGGAAUGCCGCCAUCAAAGCGGCGCAGCUCUCCCCUUACCCCGACGGCUCAGGGUAGGCUUGGGAGUCACAGGUGGGCAGUGCGCCAAAUGUCACCCACCUCAGUGAAGACACCCGGGGUGGUCCGCCCCCACCUAUAUAAAAACAUAAUUAAACAUUUUAAAACUCCCCUAAACAGGGCUGCCUUCAGAUGUCUCCUAUAGGUUGUAUAGUUACUUAUCUCCUUGGCUUGGGGGUUGCAUAGCCUCCAACAUUUCUCCGAUGAAAAUAGGGACGUCCUAAUGGAAAGUGGGACAUUCUGGGAUCAAAUCAGAAAUCCAGGACUGUCCCUGGAAAAUAGGGACACUUGGAGGGCCUGGUCUUUCCCAGCCCUGCCAGGAGAUGUCAGGGACUAAUCCUGAGACUUUCUGCAUGCAGGGCUCUACCACUGGAAUCUGUGCAGCAGGUGGGGGGUGGGGGCAGGAAGUCUCAAUUUCAAAUAUUUGGCUGUGCUUUCCAGCAAAUAAAUCACCGCUGACUGCCAUGUAGGACUCGCUCUGGUAGGAGGACAUGGUUUGUUCUUGAUCAACCAGCAUGCAAAACUUUUUUUAAUGCUGAGAAACAAGGCUGAAGGAUAGGGUGGAAUGAGCAAUUGGCCCACCCUAUGACUUUCCCCACAUUUACUACCCUUGGCCAGUGAUAAGAUUUAUUGUUCCUUAAAUAUGCUCCAUGAACAUAUGCAUGGUCUUGCUUCUCUCCUUUGGCUCAAGCCCUCCUCAAAACCAACGUUUUGUGUGUGGCCUUUGUCUUCUUAAAUUUCCUAACCAAGCUUUAAGUACAUAUCAAUGAGACUUGUCCACGUUCUUCCCUCCCAUUCUCUUGUCUGUUGUUUCCUUUGUCUGUGGUUUCCAUUGGUUUGUUUCUGGUUGUAAACUCCUUGGGAGCAGGGACUCAUAUAUGUUGCCUGUGUAAAUCUUUAAGGCGCCAUCAUGCACACUGAUGGUGCAGCAUACGGAAAUAAAAAUAUAUCCAUGCUACAAGAUCUAACUCUUUAUUUAAGAGAAAAAAACUACACUCUUUGUUAAUGAAUUGUUGACUUAUUACUCAGCAGAAUCACAUACCCUCCAAUACCGUGACAGCAAAAUGGAGGACACCAAGUUCAUGGAUGCCAUCUUCCUGUUUUUUUCUUGUGAGAGCA